AUUUCCUCAUUUGCCAUCUCUCUCAGUCUCUCACCGCCGUCGUCGCCUCAGCCCCUUUUCGUCCUUAUUCUCGGCGUCAGCUUCCCCGCCGCUGCCGCCGUGGACUUGUGCUUCGCCGUCUUCUUUUCAGGAAAUUGAGGGACAGUUCAAGAUUCCUGAAGAUUUAGAAUGAAGAACCAUGAGCGUCUUGCUAAUUUGGCUCUGGCGGGUUUGACCCUUGCCCCACUUGUUGUGAAGGUAGACCCAAAUUUAAAUGUCAUUUUGACAGCUUGUCUAACUGUCUACGUGGGAUGUUAUCGCUCUGUUAAACCUACUCCACCAUCAGAAACGAUGUCCAACGAACAUGCCAUGCGGUUUCCAUUGGUUGGGAGUGCAAUGUUGCUGUCGCUGUUUUUACUUUUCAAAUUUCUAUCGAAAGACUUGGUUAAUGCUGUUUUGACGUGUUAUUUUUUUGUACUUGGGAUUGCUGCACUAGGGGCAACCCUGCUACCUGAAAUUAAGGGAUUCCUGCCCAAACCAUGGAAUGAUAAUAUUAUCACAUUGCGCCUCCCAUAUUUUCAGUCUUUGGAGGUUGAGUUUACAAAAUCACAGAUAAUUGCUGCAAUUCCUGGAACGUUCUUUUGCGCGUGGUAUGCUAAACAGAAGCAUUGGCUAGCUAACAAUAUCUUGGGGCUUGCCUUCUCCAUUCAGGGAAUUGAAAUGCUUUCACUUGGUUCAUUCAAGACUGGUGCUAUUCUAUUGGCUGGUCUUUUUGUGUAUGACAUAUUCUGGGUUUUUUUCACCCCAGUUAUGGUUAGCGUUGCGAAAUCUUUUGAUGCCCCAAUAAAGCUUUUGUUCCCUACAGCAGAUUCUGCUCGCCCAUUUUCAAUGUUAGGACUUGGUGAUAUAGUGAUUCCUGGGAUUUUUGUAGCAUUAGCUCUAAGAUUUGAUGUCUCGAGAGGGAAGGACAGCCAAUAUUUUAAGAGUGCUUUCCUAGGAUAUACAGCUGGUCUAGUUGCCACAAUCAUCGUAAUGAACUGGUUUCAAGCUGCACAACCUGCUCUGUUGUAUAUUGUGCCCGGUGUCAUUGGAUUUUUGGCUGCACACUGUAUAUGGAAUGGUGAAGUCAAACCCUUGUUGGCAUUUGAUGAAUCAAAAUCAAAGGCUGAAGAGACUGAUGAAGACACUAACAAGAAAGCAGACUGAGACAAGGUUAGUAGAUGAGGUGCAACGUUGGUAGUCGACUAACUUGGAAACAGAUUGUUGUACCUGAUUUUUUUCUUUAGCUAAAAACGCAUUAGCCCCUCCCAUCCCGUCCCUCCCGGCCGAUAUAAGAUUUUUAAUGUGUAUCUAUAACCAGAUUCCGAUGAGACCUUUUAGAUAUGAUAUGAUCUAUAUUGGUUUGGGAAUACAACAAAAGAAAAGCAAAGGAAACCGUUAUAUGCGUCUUA